AUGGGAGUGAAAUUAGCUCAAGAACUCAGAAAGAUGAACAAAAUUCAAGCUCUAAUCCAUGAUCAUGGCGUAGUGGAGAUUCAAAAUAUUAAAGAUGGCAGAACCUUCAAGGUGAACGGACAUCGGUUGAAAUCUUACUUUGAUGCCAACUUUGAUGCCAAUAUUGAGUCUCAAGCACUCAAGGAGCCUCCACCACUCUCUUGA